AUGGCUUACCUACCACUUAUUGCGGAGUCCGAUCGGAAAUUCGGUAUCUUGCAUGGUUGUGCGAAUCCCCCCAGACUACGAAACUGGUGGCCGUGGGGCAUUGAUCGCUUGAUCCAAAUAUGGACUGCCGACUCAGAACAGCGUCUGCUGGAUCUAUUUACCUUCCAUUUUAAUGACUGCGGCAAUACAUUGGAGCAGAAGUUCCUUGGAACAAUAGCAUUUGGCACGACAGAUCCCGAGAAUGUAGAAGCAGUUCUGACAAACCCCAAGGAUUUUGGCUUCGGGCUGCGGCGAAAGAUCUUGCUUCCCUUCUUAGGAGAUGGUAUCUUUACGCAAGAUGGGGAUGCAUGGAAGCACUCCAGAGAGCUACUCCGCCCACAACUGUCGCGACAGAAGUACCGAACCCUCAACGUAUUCAGAUCUCAUGUCGACAGUCUUCUCCGCCAAAUACCUGGCGAUGGAGGAGAGGUGGAUCUCCAACCCUUGUUCUUUCGCCUAACCUUGGAAACGACCACCGAAUUCCUGUUUGGGAAAUCGAUCGCUAGCAUGAGGUCUGCGGAGUUCAAGGGCCAGAAGUUUGCGAAGGCCUUUGAUAAUGCUCAGAGAUAUGUUAUGAAGCGCUUCAGGCUUCUAGACCUAUAUUGGUUAAUCGAUGGUCCUAGCUUUUGGCGUUCAUGUACCUCUGUCCAUCAGUUCAUUGAGGGGAUGAUCGAAGCACGAGUGAGAGAUAAUCUAGACAGUGGCGAAAAGGAUGGGCAAUGUGUCUUUGAUUCUAUGGCAGAAGGGCUGAGCACCAGAGAAAGCCUUAGGGGCCAGUUGCUCAAUGUUCUCUUGGCUGGUCGAGAUACGACAGCAUGCCUGUUAAGUUGGACAUUCUUCUGCUUAGCACAACACCCCAAUGUCCUGAGUCGUCUGAACGGUGAGAUAGCUACGAUUGUGGGCAACGAGGACGACAUGACACGCGAUACCUUGAAGAAGAUGACGUAUCUAGAUAAGGUUCUGCGAGAAGUACUUCGGCUCUAUCCGUCCGUCCCCGUAAACGCUAGGACCGCCCGUAAGACGACUAUACUUCCAACUGGUGGCGGGAAAAACCGAGACAAACCGGUUGUGGUUCGCAAGGGUCAAAAUGUCGCCUUCUGUGUCUACACAAUGCAUCGGCGUGAGGAUCUGUAUGGACAAGACGCUCAUGUCUUUCGUCCUGAGAGGUGGGAUGAGGAUGUACCCUUGUAUCGAGACGAGAAGACAGCGAUGUGGGGCUACUUGCCCUUCAACGGUGGCCCUCGUGUUUGUUUAGGCCAGGACUUCGGGCUCGUUGAAGUCGCCUACACAGUCGUACGGAUUCUUCAGAGGUUUCCGCGCGUGAGAUUAGGAGAAUACACGCGUCCUCAAAAGCGACCGUGGAUAGCAUGGUCUUCUCAUCACAAAUCAGGGGUUGAAAUGGUUGCCGAAGAGAGGCAGAAGGUGACUCUAGUCCUGUCGUUGGGUGAAGGCUGCAGAGUGAUACUUGGUCGGUAG